AAGGCGCUGGCGGCCCCUCUGCGCCUGCGUAGGAAGGAGCGAGACCGCGAGGGAUCUUGGGUGACGAAGACGUGCUGCGGGCGGAAGUCCCUUGGGUUAGAGGUCGGGAGGAGGAGCUUUAGCGGAACCUGCAGCUUCCUGGGGGCUCUUGGCUUUUCUUCAAGCAAAGCUGUGCUGGCAAUUACUUGCCUUUUCUGCAGAGAGUGCCACCCCCACCCCUGCUCCUGAGCCGUGUGAGAGAAGGAGGCGAUGGCUGAAGCCCUGCAGAAGAAGCUCCAGGGAGAGCUGGAGAAAUACCAGCAGCUACAGAAAGAUAUCAGCAAGUCCAUGACGGCCCGGCAGAAGUUGGAGGCUCAGCUGACUGAGAACAAUGUGGUGAAGGAGGAGCUGGACCUGUUGGAUUCAUCAAACACAGUCUACAAGCUGAUUGGGCCCGUCUUGGUGAAGCAGGACACAGACGAGGCCAAAGCCACGGUCGCGAAACGGCUGGAGUACAUCGCAGGGGAGAUCAAGCGUUACGAGGGCCAGAUGCAGGAUUACGAGAAGAAGUCGGACCAGCAGCGGGAGACACUCGCGCGGCUGCAGCAGGAGUUCCAGAAAGCCCAGGGCAAGGGGGCCGUCAAGGCCUGAGGGGAGUCUGGGGGGUGUUGCUGGA